AUGGACGACGACGACGACGACGACAUCUACUCAACACCUUCAUUCCGAUACCGUUGGGACGUUUUCUUAAGUUUUAAAAGAGAAGACAGUCGCCACAACUUCACGGAAACUCUUUCCAGAGAGCUUAUAAGGAACGGUAUACGCACAUUUCGUUAUGACGAGGAGCUGGAGAGAGGAGAGGAGAUCGCUCCGAGUCUUGUGGAGGCCAUUCAGGAUUCUGCAGCUGCUAUAGCUGUCAUUUCAAGCAAGUACGCUUCUUCAAGACGGUGUCUUGAGGAGCUUGCUAGAAUAGUAGAGUAUAGGAAGCUAAAUCUUCCGGUAUUUUACAAGGUUGAUCCUUCGGAUGUCAGGAGGCAAAAAGGUCCAUUCGAGGAGGAUUUUGUGAAGCUGGUGCAGAGGUUUGGUGAAAAUAAGGUUGGUCGAUGGAGGAGAGCUAUGGAAAAGGCUGGUGACAUCUCUGACUGGGAUUCUAGAAUUUGGUAA